UCCCAGUACUACUACAACAAAUUCUUCAAAAACCCUAGAAAAUCCAAAACUUCCCCAAAAUUUCAAUCGAUUCACCAUGGAAGACAGCUUCAAUGUCCGAGUCGGCAAAGCAUUUGGCUCCCUCGCGUCAGCUUCUUCUUCAAAAUCACAGUCUUUGAGCUCUCUUUGGAGCCUCACCGACCACGAAAUCGAGAAACGAGAAUGGAACCGAGACAAGGAGAGUCCAGAACGACCCGAGGAGGAGGAGGGGUUGCUCGAGAAGUUUCGACGGAAGAAGACGAUUAAUUUCUGUGCGGAGCCUGCGAAGGAUCUCGAUGACCUGGACGACGAGGAUGAGGAGGACGAGGAAGAAGCACGUGCGUCGUCGACUUCGAGUAAGGGUGGUAAACCAGAGGAUUAUAAUGAUGAAGAGUGGGAGAUUAAGUCUGCCAUUGGAAGGGACUGUACUCUUGAUUACGAGGAAGAGGAAGAUCAGUAUGAUAAAGUGGCUGUUGGCAGGGAGAAGACCGGAGAUCGCCUUUACAUGAAGGAUGUAAAUGACUAUGAGAUAGAUGCAGAUUCUGGCAAUGUGCUUCCAACUACGUGGAGGGAUUUCAGUAGAGAUCCCCGUGCCAAUCACGUUGCCGCAAAACUCAGGCUCAAGGAAGAUGCAGAAGCUGCUAAGAAAAGGCUUGAAGAAGAUGCUGAAACCGCCAAAAAAAUUGAUUCGUUGCGGGUGUCUGAUACUGAUGGACCUGCUGGCAUGGAUGCUCAUGUUAGCACAUUUGAGGAUGGGAACCUGAAAUCCAUUUUGAAGAGAAAGGAUGAUGCUGAGUCAAAUCCAAAGCCACAGAAACGUGUCCGUUUUGAUUCUGAAUGUAAAAAUAAUUUCAAUGAAGGGUCUGAAGGAGCCAAAGAUGUCUCGAAGGAAGGUUGCUCGACGGAGGAAGAGGAAGCUAUGGUAUCCAACAAGGCCUCUACUUUGCCUCAGGAAUUUCCCUCUGGAAUUCCAGAUUACUUGCGGAACCCUUCAAAAUAUACACGAUAUACUUUUGAUUUGACUGAUGUUGAUGAUGGAUCAAAUCGGCAAGCCUAUAUGGACUUUCUUAAGCUGAUUAAGAGGUCAGAUGCUACAGAACCACAGGCAGAUGAUGGUCCAAGUGAUCUUACAAAACCUGUUACUUUUAUACCAAAAAGGAAAACUAGUGAUGUCAUCAUGGGAGAAAGUUGCACUGAGCCAAAACAGAUCCGGGAAGAUACUGAAAGGGAGUCCAUGCAUGGGAGAGGCUUACCUAUUGGAAUUGCAGCAGGGGAUACCAAUGAUGGAGUUUGUGCAAUGGAGGAAGAUGAACCACAAACAAUUAUUGACAAGAGAAACUUCUCACAGAGAUCAGGCCGUCAAUAUCGCAUGAAACCUAGCUCAGAGUCCCAUGAUUAGUAUUAGAUCACCUAAUGAAAUUCUGACCUGUGUUUUUGUGGUUUAUCUUUUUAGAUGGAUUAUAAGCAACAGAGCAAGCAUACAUAUCAGCAAGAUAGCGCACUUUGUGUAAGACACAAGCAAAUAAGAUAAAAGAACAUAGCUUUGCGUGGGUAAACAGUUUAACUUUGACUCAAUCAUAUGAUUCAAUCUUUUCCUUUUAUGUACUUCCCUGACUAAACACAAAGUUCUAAUCCUCUGUAUAGUUGUAUGCCUCUGCUUAAUAAUAGCAUCAUCCUUUGAGAUAUUAGUGAAUGUUUGCUGUCGUAUGUCCUUAA